CGCUACAUAAAAAUCGUCGGCGAACCGGCCAACAAAGAGGGUCUCCUGCUAGGCUUGAAGAAUGGCCAGGUGUCCAAAAUAUUUUUAGAUAACCCUUUCCCGGUGGAGUUGCUCAAGAUCAGUGUCCGUAUCCGCUGCCUGGACUUGAGCUCUUCACGCCAAAAGGUGGCCAUUGUAGAUGACAACAAUACCUGCUCUGUCUAUCAAUUGAGCAACAGUGAAUUGAUUUCUCAGGAGCCACAUGCUAAUAGCGUCGCUUGGAACAUUCACUGCGAAGAUAUGGUUUGCUUCUCGGGUCAGAACUGGUUGAACAUCAAAGCAUCGAAUUUUCCCUGUCAUCAGCAAAAGUUUCAAGGCUACGUCGUGGGAUCUACGGCGCCAAAAUCUUUUGCUUGCAGGGAUAUAGCAUGGCCACCCUUCAGGUGCCUCUGUCAGUUCACCCAUGUACCAGUAUCUUGACCGUAAGCUCUACCGCGAAGCUUACGAAGUGGCUUGUAUGGGCGUGACGGAGGCCGACUGGUUCAGCUGGCACACGAGUCGGUCAAUGCGCUGGAACUGGACAUUGCCACACAGGCGUUCCAACGUAUCCAGGACUACAAAUACCUGGAGCUGAUGGAAUUAUUCGCCAAUCGAAAGCGGCUGGGAGGACCACAGGCGAAUAUCAACCACAAUGUAUUUAUCGGCGACAUCCUUGCGUGGCAGGGAAAGUUCAACGAAGAGGCUCGCUUGUACCGCAAGUGCGGCCGUAGCGACAAGGCGGUGGCUCUCUUCACCGAUUUGCGCCUUUUUGAUCAAGCCCAGAAGUAUCUCGGCGGAGACAGUACGACCGAACGGAUGAACAUCCUGAAAAAACGGGCGGAUUGGGCGCAAGAUAUUCACGACCCACGAGCCGCAGCAGAAAUGUACCUGAAUGCCGGUGAAAUUCUCAAAGCUGUUGAGAUUAUCGCUGCCAACGGAUGGACAUCCAUGCUUGUUGACGCGUCUCGAAGACUGGACGCAACGGACCAAGCGUCAACGUUACGCAUCAUUGCAGACCAUCUUCGUCGAUUGGGAUCAGUCCAGCUGGCCUGUGACAUCCUGCGGCGUCUUGGUGAUACGACUGCUCUGGCUGCCGCUUUGGUUGAGUGUGGCGCUUUGAAGCUCUGGCACUCGCCAAGCAGCAUCCCGAUAUCAGUCGAAAUGUUUACCUACCUUAUGCUCGUUGGCUGGCCAAACAGGAGCAAUUUAUCGAAGCUCAGCAAGCUUAUUACGGAGUGGGUUGUUUGGACGAAGCGGAGCGAGUUCUCAACACACUAGCAAUGAACUCCGUGGCGUUAAACAAAUACGAAGACGCCUCACAUUUCUUCUGGCUCUUCGCCAAACAUCGGCUCCAGUUGGCCACUAAAGCGUUAGCUAUUCCAUUUCUACAAAAACUUUCUGAAUGAAAAAACAAUAAUAAUAAUAAUAAACCUUAAUGAACGGGGAAUUGUCAAACAGAGCACUGAAGCACGUUACUCAGUUUCACGCUUUAGAACGCAAGAGUUUGGCAUAUUAUGCUUAUCAAGCAAUCCAUCGCUUCACGAAUGAGCCUUUCACUUCCAGUUUGCCGGAAGCAUUAUUUAACAUAGCGCGUUAUCUUCUUCACGAAACACUCCACGGUCCAUUAAAUGGCAUCAGUCGAUUCGCAGUGGUUUAUUCCUUGAUGAAAUACGCCAAGACGUUAGGCGCAUACAAGACGGCGAAGCAUGCUGUGACGUUGCUGCAGAGUCUGAAGAUACCUGUUCAGUUUCAGGAGAGUGUCAACUUGGCGGUGUUGAGUAUCCGCGCCCAACCGUACCAAGACGCAGAGGACCUCCUUCCUCUUUGUUGCCGAUGCUCCAUGAGCAAUCCGCUGUAUAAUCCGCGUGUAAACUGCUGCAUUCACUGUGGCGAAAAUUUCAUCUUUUCUUUCAUUUCUUUCGAGAUCCUUCCUUUGGUGGAAUUUUAUGUGGAGGAAGACAUCUCAGCUGCAGAAGCCCUACAGUUGAUAAAAACUGAACCUCCGAAAGCAAACAACGAAUUAAAGAAUGGAGAAGACUAUCAACUAUACGAAAACGAUAGACAGUCAACGGAUCCCUUUUCGUCCUACUUUUACUCCCACCAGUUACGAGACCAGACGUCUAAAAUCAUUCUCAAUCGUGACGCUUUGCUUCAAUUGAAACCAACCGAAGUGAUUGUUUGCCGAUGGCCGUCCCCCUUGCCCAGCCAGUACUACCGCAACUUUUUGCCUGAUGUGGCGCUCAAGCAUUGUAAACAUUCCAAUAAGAUAUUCCACGCUGAUGACUAUGAGCUGCAUUAUUUACAGAAAAAUCAAUGUCCGUUUUGCCGUUCAAGUCGUUCUAGCCCUAUAUUUUGAUCUCACUGGGAUCAUCCCCUCUUUUAUUGCACUUUCUUAGCCAAGAUACCGUCCUUUUAUUAUCGUUCCUGUUUCCGUCCUAGUCCGUCCACCUCUCGAGUCUUUUUUUAAUUGUUACGCAAUUAA